CGAUCGUAUGGAAACUUAACUGUUUCUCUGUAGUCGUUAUGGGCAGUUUGUCGUGAUAUAUAAUGUUAUUUUGUCAAUUAUCCUUGCCCGCAUUGUACAUACAAAGUGUCUUAUACACUAAACCAGUCUUGACGUUGACUUCUCUAAGGCAGGAGUAUCAAUAUGGAGGGAUUACCUCAAAAUCCACUGAUAGUUAUUACUCCCGAGGAUAUUAAGAAAAUACGUGCGCAAUACGACUUGAACGAUGUUCAAAGAAUCAACGAAAGUGUGAGCGCUGUUCAAGAGUGGGCUCAAAAACAAGAACAUCUGAAGGGAGCUUUGAAAUAUAUCCAUCAAGGUGUACUAGAAAGAUUACUUUUAUUUGCAAAAGGAUCUGUGGAAGCAACUAAAAAGAAAUUGGAAAAAUUACUCACAUAUAGAAAUAUGAUGCCAGAUCUCUGUUCAGGUCGGAGUAUCAAAGAAUUUGAAAAAUUUUCUGAAUUCGGUACCUUUGUGCCGCUUCCAAAAAUGUGCCCCACAGACCAAUCAAGAAUAAUGGUGACACAAGUAUUUUCGGCCGAUAAGUUGGAGGACUUUAACCUUUUAACAUAUUUUCGCUAUUGCUUUUUGAUGGGUGAAAUAAGAUUACAUUAUGACUAUUGGAACUCCGAAAGAUACAUCAUUGACUUAUCCAAGAUGAGUUUUGGACUUCUUUCUAAACUUGUCAAUCCAGCAGUCAUCAAGAAGGCAGAAAUACUGUGUACAGAAGUUUAUGGAACUAAAAUAAAAGGGAUUCACUUCGUUAACGCUCCAUCUUAUGUGGAUAAGAUCGUUCUUGUAGUAAAGCAAGGGCUCAAAACAAAGGUAGCGAGCAGAAUCUACGUCCAUAAUUCAUAUGCGGACCUUCAUAAAUACAUUCCUAAAGAGAUUUUACCUGAAGAUUUUGAUGGAGAUGGCCCAAGUUUAAAAAAACUAGCUGAGCAAUGGAAAGAGAUGAUAAAGUCAGAUGAAUCAGUGAAAAUAUUUACAAACGCUGAAAAAUGGGUGUCAGACGAGAGCAAAAGAACUUCCUCUACAUUUAACGAAGAGUAUUUAGGAAUGCCUGGAUCUUUUAGAAAGCUAGAUUUAGACUAGUCUAUUAAUUGUGAAUGCUUAAAUAUUUUAAUUUUUUUAUUUAAUACAAACUAAAAUUAAUAUACUAUAAUGAUAAAAAUGAAAUUGAAAUACC